CAUAGGUGCAGUAGAGACAUCACACAAUACACAUCACAUUGGUUCGUUUUGCGCCGGAAGAUCCAAGAACUAGAUGAAACUGCCCUGAUGUUUCUGACGUUUCUAGGGUUGUUUCAGCUGUUCAUGAUGUCGUCAGCGACUAAUGGCCCAUCAUCAGAAGCUGACACUGACAGUGAGCAGACUCAUCAGUGUGGGGAGGCGGAGCCAGGCACUAGCCGAGGGCGGGAUGACGAAGAGGGCGAAAAUUUGGAGGACGUAGCUGCGGACAUCUAUGAUUUGAUCAAGGACAUUCGAGACCCAGAGAAACCCAACACCUUGGAAGAACUGGAGGUCGUCUUUGAGGAAGGGGUCAAAGUUCACCCAAUCAAGGGUCAGUCCGAUAGGUACAUCAUCCGUGUAGAGUUCAAGCCAACGGUCCCGCAUUGUUCACUUGCAACGUUGAUCGGUUUGUGCAUUAGGGUAAAAUUGGAUAGGAGUCUUCCACAGAAACAAAAGGUUGACAUUUUUAUCACCAAGGGAACACAUGCGACAGAAAAUGAAAUUAAUAAACAAAUCAACGACAAGGAGAGGAUAGCCGCAGCUAUGGAGAACCCCAACCUGAAGGAACUUGUUGAGAAGUGUGUUGCAGACAAUGACACUUGAAACAACUUGUACAAGCUGUAACCCAUAUACUAGCCAAAGCCAUAAAUUAUGGCUUUGUAAAACAUGGACAAUUUUGUCCGAUAGAGGGCCAGUCUGUAGUCCUCUGUAUACCUCAACAACUCACUGUUACUUGUUAGCUGGGCAGUGCUAUUGUAUAGGAUUACCCUGUGAAUGGCUCCAGCCCAUUAUGUACACUAUAAGUUAUCCUGCGAAAGCGAGUAGAACACGGAAUAAAGUAGUGCGUCUGUGUCCCACAUACCACAAGGGCCAUGUUCAGGCAAGGACCAUAGUCGACUAGUGGUUGAUUUGUGACGUACCUUACGCCUGCGCACUGAUAGCAACGUGCGAACGUCUCUAGUCAAACGCUGGUCAAAAUGUCA